AUGUGUGCUCUGUCUGAGGAAGAGUACACCAAAGUACAUAGCCUCAACAGUGCCAAGCAGAUGUGGGAUACCCUAGCUCUAACCUAUGAGGGAUCCCUGGAGGUAAAACCCAACAAGCUAAGCUUGUUGGUUCGUAAGUAUGAACUCUUCGAAAUGGAAGAGAACGAGUCUAUCCAAAUUAUGUUUGGAAGAUUCCAAACUAUUGUAAAUGAACUCUCUUUUCUAGGUACAACUUAUGAUAAUUUUGAUCACGUUGACAAGCUACUUCAUAGUUUACCCAGGAAGUGGAGACCACAGGUUAUAGUCUUAAUAGCGUCCAAGAACCUUGAAAAGCUCUCGUUGGAAGAACUCAUAGGGUUACUCAAAGUCCAUGAGCUGGAGCUACAACAAGAUGACGCUGGAAGAAAAUAG